AUGUUUACUAAUUAGGAUCAAGUAAGAAAGAGAUAGUUGAAGCCGCCUUCUUUAUGACUUUUCCCGGGUUCGUAGCUGAUACUACACCUCAUCGUCAUCGCUUAUAGUUUUGAAAUUUCUCAACCCCCGCAUUGUCUCCAUUCUUACAUUAUUUUCUGAACCCGUCAGGAUUUGGAAUAUAGGGGUGGAUGAUGAGUGGGUCAAAGAGCAAAUGUGGAUCAGCAUCGCACCAGCUUUUGAUGGAUAAUUCAAAGAAUCGGCUCACUGAUCUCCAAGAAAGAUUCAGUAGUCUUCGGACAGCUAGAAAGGACGGCCGUGCAAAUGAUGUGGUGGUGUUAGAGGAGCAAGUCAAUCAGAUACUCCGAGAGUGGAACUCCGAGCUCAGUGCGCCAUCCCCAGCCUCUUCAUUACUUGGUGGUAGUCUUGGCUCAUUCUCAGAUGACAUAGGCCGUCUGUUACAAUUAUGCGAGGAACAAGAUGAUGCCACUAGUCCAUUGACAGAACUAAUGUUGAAGCCUCAACCUGAUAUUCAAGGCCUUCAUCCUGGGACCAUGUCAGCAUUUCAAGAGGACUAUUUGGUUAACGAUGAGCUGCAGGAACAUUGCUUCCAAGGGUCUGAUAGAUGCAAAAGCUCCACCUCAGGCUUGCACAAAAUAGUAGCUGGUGUCUCUGAUACAACUUCUCAGUUAGACUACAGCCAGUUAAACUUGCACAAAGAAUUAGAGCAUGGGCUUCCUGUUGGUGGCAGUUGUGGUGAAGAAUGUGAAAAGGAUGUUGGAUCCAUCAUUCUGCAAAUGAUCUGCCCACCAUCUGCUUUCAUGGGGCCAAAAUGUGCACUCUGGGAUUGUACAAGGCCAGCCCUAGGAUCUGAGUGGUACAAGGACUACUGCAGUAGUUUUCAUGCUACUCUGGCUUCAAAGGAAGGCUCUCCUGGAGUGACUCCAGUUCUGCGACCAGGGGGCAUUAGUUUGAAGGAUAAAUUACUUUUUGUUGCAGCUAAUGUGAAGGCACAAGGUAAGAAUGUGGGUAUUCCUUAUUGUGAGGGGGCUGCCAAUACAAAAUCUCCAUGGAAUGCUACUGAGCUUUUUGAUCUUUCUUUACUUCAAGGGGAAACAAUUAGGGAGUGGCUCUUUUUUGAUAAGCGUAGAAAGGCAUUUGAAAGUGGAACAAGAAAGCAGAGGUCCUUACCGGAUCAUAGUGGACGUGGUUGGCAUGAAUCUAGAAAGCAGGUGAUGAAGGAAUUUAAUGGGCAAAAGAGGUCCUAUUACAUGGACCCACAACCUUCUGGCAGUUUGGAGUGGCAUUUAUAUGAGUAUGAGCUCAAUAGCUGUGAUGCUUAUGCAUUAUAUAGAUUAGAACUUAAGCUUGUCAAUGAGAAGAAAAGUCCCAAGGGAAAAGUUAUAAAGGACUCACUUGCUGAUCUGCAGAAGAAGAUGGGGCAGCUAACUGCUGAGGUUCCUGCAGAUCAUAGCCAGGAAAAGACUAAUAAGAGCGUUGACUCAAAUUUUAAGUCUUCUUCAGGUGAAAUCAGUUUAACCACUGAAGUUCUUCGUCAUGGUUCAAGUGUAACACAGAAGCUUCUUGCAGACAGUUAAACUGACAUUGGCAGCACAUAUGAGUGGCCUAGCCUGAAUGAAGAAACAAAUUAAUUACCCCGGUUUAUAAAUUUCAAGUUGCUGCAGGGUGGUAAUGCAUUGUCAGAAUUUUUAUUUCAGUGAUUGGUGUUGUGGGGCAAUAUCUUUUUUGUAUAAAGGGGACAAGUGCAUCAAAUUGUAGUCUAAAGAUACCUCCCUAGAAUUUCAUUAUGGCAGCCAGUGAGAACCAGAAUUGCUGGUAGAUGGUUGAUGUAUGGUGUAACAGGCUGUCUCUAUAUCGCACAGUUCUCUCAGUGUAGGGACAUAUGUGAGUGCUAGCAAUAGUUGUCAAUUAUGCAUAUGAAAUGUAUAACAAUUUGCUGAAAUUGUUUAAUCUCUACAUUGUGCAAAAUUUUAUAAGGUGGGUGUUGGGCAGAGAACGUUUGAAAUACUAUUUGUAAAGUUGUCAGUUGA